AUGAGGAAACAUUUGCUUCAAGAAGUUCUUCUGCUCCACCACCUCCAGAGCACGAUGUUGUACAUUAAGCUGGCCAAGAUUCUUGCUUUUCAAGACUCUAUUCCUCAGUCGAGAGGAAAGGGUAUAUGUAUUGGUUCUGGACAAGGAGAUGAUGAGGACUCACAACACACUAUCUCUGAGCUUAGACAAAAGAUACUGAUUUUGAAGCAGGAUUCCAUUGAAAAGGAUCUGCUAAUCGGGAAGUUGGAUGUGAGAGUUUCGGACCUAGAAAAGGAAAAUUCUGAAAAUAAUAAACAGAUCUCAGAACUCCAAGCUAAUCUUGGUGGACUAACAGCUUUCUACUUUGAUCUCAAAGAAAAACUGAUUGGAAAGUUUGGUGAUGAGUUCAAGUCAUCUAGUUCUUAG